GGGGUCUGCUGGGGUGCUUUCCUGUGGGACAGGGAGCAGAUCUGGGGAGCUGCCUCAGGGAUGGCAGCCUGGCACAGCACACAGCCUGGGCACCUGGGCCUCUUCCUCUCCUUUUUCAGUCCAAAAUGGUGCUGCUUUUCCUCUGACGUAUGUGCUAUCCACUCUUCUCUUUUCAGACUGGUGUGUUUAGUAUCUACAUACAACAGUCCUGCACACCUUGUGUUUUUCUGUUCAUUCCCAGUUCAUCCUGUGGUGGGGUUUUCCAGGCUGUGUCAGAUGAUUGUUGCAUUAUCAUUCAUGCUUCUUUUGUACCAGUGUCUAACACUACACCUUACACAAAGGAAAUGUAGUUUGUUACACAAAAAACACAGCGUGCACUGAAGUAGUGGCUUGAUUCACACAUUUGGGAGGGAGUGUAAGUUCCCUUUGCACUGCUGAGAUUUGUCUCGUUACCAAAUGCCUGGAAUUAAUCAAGUGUAGCUGCAGCUUUCAUGUUAACUUCCUUGGAGAAAGGGCUGACAAGAAAGCCAUCUUCCAAACCCAAACUGGGGUUCUGGCUUUAAAGGCAUGGAGAUCCAGGGAAGUUGUCCAUGGUCUGUCCAAGGCCAGCUCUCGUCUCCAAUCCAUGCUGUGCCUUAGCCUCCCUAAGUCACUGUGUGGUUAAGGUGCUUCUUCACACACAGGCUGAUAAAAUAAUGAGAUGCUUUCUCCAGUUGCUCUCCCUACUUUGGUCUUAGCUAGGAAUAUGGAGAAAAUAUUUUUGUCAGAUACUAAGUAUUUGAAAACCUUGCUUCUAGUCCUCUAGCUUUAAAUAUUAUGUAUUUUUGAGAUUUUGCUAAAACCACACCCCACCUUUUUGCAAAGGCCCAAGGUAAAAAACUUCACGCUUGCCUUGGAAAAGCGCCGGCUUUCAGCGUGAAAGCUGGGACUGUUCCUUUAAACACAACCCCAAUAUGUCUGGGUAUUUCAGCACAUAUGGGCCACGAUGGUUAAACCCUUCCCAGCUGGUCCGGCCGUGCUGCCGCGCGGCUCCGUCUUUGUUCGUGGCUCGGAGGGAGGGUGGUGAGAGACGGAGCAAGCUGUGAGUGCUGCGGGCUGCCAUCCUGCCGGGGCGGGCUGCGGCCGAGCGGGGCAUGUCCCGCCCGAGGGGACAGCGGCUUUGCGAGACAUUCUCCACGGGGGAGAUGAUGUCCUUGGAAGCAGGAACUCGAAGGAGCCUUUAAACCGCCCGCGGGCACUUUGUUCUCUAUUUUCUGCCCUUCUCUCCCUUCCCCCUCCUGCCUUUUGUUGUUUCUCAGGCUGGCUCUAACACGAGUCCCUUCAUCCCAACCAUCCCCCAUGGGGACAGCCCCUUUCAGAGGAUGGCGUGGAUUUCUGCAAACGCGGGGAUGUGGAGUGGAAAAGCUCUGGUGCAGAAUAUUCCUUGCCAGGGGAAGAGGAGAGGUUUCCUUCCCUUUGGAGGCCCAGAACCACCCCGUGGUGGCAGUUUCGUGGGGAAUUGGUGUCGGUGCUGUUGGUGACUGGAACAUCUCUGGAGCUGGAGGUGUGUGAGCUCGGCUGGGUGGCCGAUGCCCAGCCAGGGCAGGGGAUCACAUCCUGCCUCUCCUGCCAGGCAGGGGGGUGCUGGUGGGAUGCUCCUCAUCUCUGGCUGCCCCCAGGAAGCCCCUGCCACCCGUGCAGCACUGUGCAGGGCAGAGGGGCUUUGCUUCACUUCCUUUUUUCUUCCUCGUGUGCAGCCUAAAUACCUUCUUAAUUUCAUCUCAUUAUUUCCUGCCUAAAUAAUUCCUGUUUCUCCUGGGGACCAUUUUUAAACCUUUGAUCUUCUCUGAAGUCUCACAGUCCUGAUCACGUCCUUUCUGUUUAAAUGAAUCAAAUGCCUUUUUGACUCAUGAUUUAUAAAUUUGCCCACAGAGGAACAGAGGCACACCUUGAAAUCACCCACCAUAUCUGUGGCUGGAGCACAAGUACCCCGGGCUGAUCCAGAGCACCUUCCAGCCAGACUUCUCUUCCUGGCUCCUCUGCUUCCCUGCUGCAUGUCACUCUCCCCCUGCCUUCCUCCACCCUCCCACCCAACUCUUCAGCUGACAGCCGGGUUGUCUGGGCUCAGGCCCAGCCUGGAAUGGCUGUCCCCGGGUCAGGAGAAGGGUGAAUGUGCCGGUGCUUGAUGGAUGCUGUCCCCUGGGAGCGGGGCACAGCUGCUGUGCUGCACAGCCCCGGCCCCCCAUCUCCCGGGGACUGCUGAUGCAGAGCACAGCUAAGGGCAGGGAGAGGAGCAGCUGUGCAGGUACUGGGGUCCUGGGCACUGGCUUGGUGCUGACCAGGGCAGUGGUGGAAAGGCUGGAAGACAGUGGCUGUUGCCCAGGAUGGUAUGAUGAGGAUAAACAUGUUGCUCCAUAGUGCAGCGAUGCUGAAGUCGGGGAGCACUUUGUUCCUGAGCCCAGCGGAUGGUGGCUGAGAGGGCUGAGCACUCCUCUGGGACGAACCAGGGUUGUGGCAAUGGAAAAUACCCAGGAGAGGCUCCUGUGCCAUGGCCAGACCUCACCUGCAUCUUUGCUAUGCAGGCCCACACUUGUUGAUGAGGACAGACCUCCUCUCCAAGCCAUUAGGGAAGCAGCUAAUUAAGCUCUGUAAUGUUCCUGUCAGGAGAUGUGCCAACGUUGCAGCAUCUCCCAGAGUCUGCACUGGGGCAGGAUCUUCCCAGAGUGCCCAGGGACAGGGGGAGCUGCCCUGCUCCUCCUCAUUCUAUUGUGCUCUUAGUCCUGGUGCUGGUGGGGUGAUGCAGUGCUUAAUGCCCCAGGACAGAACCCAAUGUUCCCUGCCUCAGCUGGGCUCAGGAUAGAGGGCUCCUGGCUGGGAUGUCCCAGAACUCCCAGCAGCCCUCGGCAUGGCUCCAGCAAGGCUGGGCAGUGGGGAGAGAGCCUGUACAAAUAUUAUUGUUGUUGUUAUUCCCCAUAAAUAUAUGCAGGCACUUAACGACCUUGGCAUGGAGCACUUCCUGGGGAUUCAUGACCAGUUGGUGUUAAUGGUCUUUAGCUGCACCUCAGGCCAUCAGCUCCUCCCAGCCCAUCAUUAAUCCACAGGAAAUGUCUCAGGCAUCGAUCCUCAUUGCUUAAUUAAUAAAUGCAACUUGUCUCCUGCCUGAGAUUUAGAGAUACUCACUGCUUCUCUCCCUGCUGCUGUGAAGGUGACUUUUUUAGCACAGGUCCCUCACGCUGGGAGGCCCUCGUGGGAUUUUGUUUCCUGGCAUUCAUGUGGGUGUGGGCUGUGGCAGCAGGAAAGUCUUUUCUCUCCAGGGCGGGAGGGAAGGAACUGAGCCGCUGGUGGGUUUGGGGUUUCUCCAGCUAAUGUGGCACAGCACAAGGAGCACAUCUUUCCCACCAAACCCAAAGGCUUGCUUACCUUCAGCAGAGUGCAUCCAAGAGCCUGGGCAAGAAGUAGCGUGAGCCAGCAUGGAAGAACGUGGCAAUUCUCCAAGGCCUUAGCAGGUUCUAUAAUAAUAGAUGUUUUUUGCCCAUGAGUCACAAUUCAUCUGUAAUCUUCCUCAGGGGAGGUGGGAUUUGCUAUCUUUAGUGCUCACGACUGCUGCUUUCCCGGGCUGAGCAACCUGCUGAGCCCGGAUCCUGCUGCAGGGAUGCUGACCUGGCAGCCAGCACGGAGACGCGGCCGCGUUUCAGUCCUGCUCCCCGUUUCUCCAGCCCUCGCCACCAGCUGGCUUUGUGCAGUGGUGCCGCAGUAUAAAUCAUGGUAAUUCCUGAGAUGCUUUUCCGCGAUAGACAGCUCCAAAAGGAUGCUCGGGCACUGGUGAGGGGAGAUUUGCCUGCUGGAGGAUGGGGUGCACAGGGCUGGGCUGUCUGGCAGCGCUGGCCAUGCUCUGUGGGGCUCUCGGGGAUGCUCCGAGCAGAGGCUUCCCCUGGAAAGGGGACAUCACACCCCCUUCUGUGUCCCCCAGGCAUCAAAUGUGGGGGAGUGCUUUCAGCACCCUCUGGCAAUUUCUCCAGCCCCAACUUCCCAGGGCUGUAUCCCUACGAGACAGAGUGCACGUGGCUCAUCGUGGUGGCCGAGGGCUCCUCCGUCCUGCUCUCCUUCAGCCACUUCGAGCUGGAGUACCACGACACCUGUGCCUACGACUACCUCCAGGUCUACAACGGGGCUGCCCGGGACCGGGGCAACCUCCUGGGCACCUUCUGUGGCCACAGGCCCCCGCCACCCUUCUCCUCCGCCUGGCACGUCAUGGCCGUGGUCUUCCGCUCCGACCGCCACGUGGCCAAGCACGGCUUCGCCGCUGCCUACAGGAAAGAUGCCUGUGGUGGGCAGCUGACGGGGCUCUCUGGGGAGAUCACCAGCCCCCGCUACCCCGAGAGUUACCCCAACGAUGCCGAGUGCCGCUGGAGCAUCGGGGGGGCCGGCGGUGGUGGCCCCCUCACCCUGGUGUUUGCUGACUUCCAGAUGGAGGGGGGCCAAGGCUGUGGCUUUGACUACGUGGCCCUUUUUGAUGGCCCCACUGUCACUGCCCCCGGCCUGGGACGUUACUGCGGCAGCGCCCGCCCGCCCCGCACCGUCUCCUCCACCCCACACCUCCUCAUCAUCUUCAAGUCGGACUUCAACAUCGGUGGCAGGGGCUUCAAGGCCCAUUUCUACUCGGGCGAGUGCCAGGAGGUGUUCACCACCAUCAAAGGGAAUUUCUCCAGCCCUCAGUACCCCAACUUCUACCCCAACAACCUCAAGUGCCAGUGGAGCAUCCACCUGCCCCCGGGCUACCGGGUCAAGGUCUUCUUCCUGGACAUGGAGCUGGAGGGCCGGAGCAGCCUGACGGGUGGCUGUGACUAUGAUCACUUGUCUGCCUUUGAUGGUGGCACCGAGAAUGGAUCCCUGCUGGGCCGCUGGUGUGGGCGGGAGAGCCUGGCACCCGUCACCUCCCGCAGCAACCGGCUGCUCCUGGUCCUCCACACCGACCGCGACAUGGCCAAGAGGGGCUUCUCCAUCUCCUACGUGGGAGUUGUGCCCAUGAACGUCAGCUGCACCCGGACAGACUUCCACAUCCAGAUCCCUGUGCAGUCCCUGGCCCAGCUGGAGAGGAAUAGGAUUUAUCUGGGGACGCCCUCCUGUGCAGCCCAGGUGGUUGGCAGGAACUUUAAAAUACACACCAGGUUCGACACCUGUGGCACUGAAUCCCAGAGACGCAACAACACGUCUGUCAUCGUCAGCACCCUCUACAUUGAUUUUUCAGUGGGAGACCAGGAGGACAUCCACCAGUAUGAGGUGCAGUGUGAGCCAAAGAAGAAAGAAGCUUCAGUGACCCUUAUUGCUGGCCCUGAUCCAUCCAGGCUCAGCCAGGCAGAAAACCUGGUGGAUGCCCAGAAGUGGGAGGGGAAAGCGAUCGAUGCCCGUGAAAUCAAGAGCCAGGACACCAGCGACAUCGUCUUCAUCAGCAUCUGCAUCCUGGCUGGGCUCCUCAUGGUCAUCGCAGUGGUGGGGCUGGUGCUUCUGUAGGAUGCUCCUUCCAGGCUCCAGGGAUUGCAGACCCAGUCCUGCCCAGGGCAGGAAGGCACCCCAAAAUCCACUCUCAUCCCAGGCAAAACCCUAACACAGCUCUCAGGACCUGAAACUGAGCCUGAACCCAACCUCCACCUUCUCUUAGUGCCUGAAAAAUCUGGGCGAUAGGCAGCCAUUUCCCUUCCCAAUUUGUUUUCCUCUGUCUCAAUCUGUCCAUUUGGCUCAGGAAUGCAAUUCUUGUGCUCCCUAACUCUUCCCGCACCUGCUUCAAUUUGUUUUCCCUGUAGUGCUGCUGAUCUCAGGAAAGAAACGUUGUUUGCCGAUGGCUGCAAAUCUUCCUGUCAAUUAUUUCUAGCUGAAUUCUUGGAGGUACAAACCAUCCCCAAAUGUAGCUAUAUUCCCAACAAAUGUUCUCCAUGCUCCCAGCCCAUGCUUGGGGGGGAACUGUGGAGCUGUGUUACAGGGAUCUCCACCUGGCACACACAGAUGUAGCUCAUGUAGGUGCUCCCAGGUGAUGUUUCUGGGUGUCUGUGGGUGAUGUGAUGCAUUUGCUGUGCCCUGGAGCUCUUUGUUUGAUCUUCUCAUGUUGUCUCACCUUCUCACAGGACUCACCUGAGUGCCUCAGCCAUGAGCAGCUGGAGGGGAGGAGAACAAUCUCUUUUCCUCUGUGUUUUCCUCCUUUCCAGCAUAUCCAGGUAUCCAUGGUUCUCUACCAGCAUUACUCCUGAAGUUUGAAAAUAUGAGCAAAUCCUGCUACAGCUUGGGGAGUUGUUGGAGUGUGGAGGUUUUGGUAACCCUGUAAAGACGACCUUGGCCGGAGCGGCUGGGAGCUCAGUGACACCAGAUCUCCUGUCGUGGUCCCUGCAGAAGAUGAGCUCACCACCUGGGAGCAUGAAAAGAAGAGUCCUGUGAUCAUCUGCCCCUCUAGGAAACUGGGGAUCCUCACCAAGAGCCCUGAUGGAUGGCUGAAUGACCUCUGCCUGCCUCUCGUGCCACCCCAGCACAAAGGACGUUCCCCUUCAGCAUCAAAGAGGGGGUGUCUGUCACAGAGCAGUCUGUGUUCAUCCCUGUGGGUCAGAGCCAGCGUGUGUCAAAGCCACAUUAAAUCUUGCUAUGGAAGGAGGCCACCCCUCCUCCUCCAGCCUUUGUGAAACAUACUGCAGUGCAGGGAGAGAUUUUAAAGUAUUCCAGUGUGGUCAUUCAGGGGCACAGCAAACCCUUCGUGCUGUUGAAUUCAGCAUUUAGCCGCGUGGGAGAGUCCCACUGGUGAAAGGCUGCCCUGACUGAUGUCCUGCUUCCCUCUGGGACAGCUCUGUUCAUCAGGGCAUCAGAGGAAGCAGCAGCAAAGAAAUAGGAUGAUGAUUGAGCAGCUUUUCCUCCUGGAUUGCACCAGCCCUGAGAGAGUGUCUAGGGAGGGAGGAAGGCACAGGGCUGCGCAUGCCUCCUAACGAGGAGCCUUCGUUAUCAGAGCCCGGAUUGAUUUGGCGUUUGUUGGUGCAACACAUCGGCAAAUGCGAGAUUUCCGAGGGAAAUAUUUGCCAGCACUGUUAGGCUCCAUUAAGGGAAUGUUUUGAGAGCCUGUUGUGUGCAGAGAUGGUAAACAAGGCCAGCCUCCCCCGCUGCUUGCAAAGCCUCACUGCCGGUUAAUUGCUGGGUAUAGAACUGUCAGCUUGAGACCAUAGUUACAAGAUUUGACAACUGAAAGAAACUUAAAGAUAUAAUUAACCUUCUUGGUGGCCCAGAUUUUGCUGAAACAGGUGAGCACUGCGGCUGCUUGUGCCUGGCAGGGAGCCCACAGCACCCAGCAGCAUCCAGCCCUUGUCUGCAGGACAGGCACUCCUUGCCCAGCUGGAGCCUCCAGAACCCUGUGAUUUGCAGGGGAAAAGGCUUUUCUGGAUAGCUCUUGGUGUUGCACUCAAGUAAGGAGUUGGACCUCGUCACCCCAGGGAGGGUUUCCAGCUUUGGCUCCAUUUCACAGCCACCCAAGCAUCUCUGGGUGAAGUGCUCCCCUGCACACAUCCCUGUGGAUACAGGACUGCUGCUGUGGGAGCAGCUUUGCUCCUGAGUCAAGAGGAUCCCUAGCUGCCCCAGGUCUGCAGGGUGUUAUCCAGGGGUCAUGGACAGGGUGAUUAGUGCAACUUGAAUGGCUCCAAAAGCCCUUUACCCCCUUGUUUCUGAUGGCAUUCACAGCUGCAUCUGCCACCAGCAGUGAGCCACUCGGGCCAGUCAUCUCACUUGGAGCAAGGAAAGCCUCUGGUGCUCACCAAACACCAGCCCUCCUCAGGCUCCAAUCCUCCUCCACCAUUUCUCAGUCUCUCCACUAGAUUUAGGCAUCUGGUCUUUCCUUGUCCUGCAGGAAUUUGCUCACUGGCAUCCCCUGUUAAACCAGGUCUUCCCUGACGUGCUGCCCUGGCUGGGGAUGGAGCCCAGCAGGGGAGGAGGACUGCCCAGGUAAUUUCCUGAAAAAACCCUUUUCAUGGAAAAGCUGCUCACAUGAGUGGCAAACAGCUAUCAAGAAUCCAUCACCAGCACUCCUUCCCUCACACAUCAGGCCUCAGUUGCCCUCCUUAGCAUUUGCCCAGUGCUUCCUGAGCAAGCAGGAGAGCAGCAGGCACGGGAAGCGCUCCCAUUGCCCAUCUGAUUAUUUAUUUAGAGCACGAUGGAUGGAUUGAGCCGGGCUGGAUGCAACCUCCCCAUUUCCUGCCUUUGCUUAUAGACAUGGAGUCGUGUCUUUCUGAAGCAAAGGCUUGGCUGUUGUGCAGGAGGGAGAGCCUCUGUUAUCCCUCUGCAAAUGUCUGCCUGCAAAUCCAGUGAAGAACUGUUGGAAAAUUGUAGAUCAUAGAAAACAGGACUGCAAGAACCCCCAGGGGAUCAGUUGGUUCAUUCCUCUCCUUCCCUGGGGAGAUCGCUCCUGCUGGAGAGAAGCUGUGCUAAAAUAUCCGAAAAAUCUCA